AUGAAAACCGCCGGAGCGCCGCCGCAGAGAGGUGGCUCCUCCUCCUCCGCCGCCUACUUUUACCAGUCUUCAUCAUCUUCGUCUGCUAGCUGUAGAGUUCUCGUUGUGAAGAUGGGAGGAAAAAGCAAGAACCAUCAAUCUCCCUCUUCUAAGGAUUCAGAGCCAGAACCACCAAGAAUCAAAUCCAAUGUGAAGCAUAAUUUGCAGCUUCUCAAGUUAUGGAAGGAGUUUCAGAGCAGAGGAUCUGGCUCAGCAAAGCCAGCGACUAGUUACCGGAAGAAGAAAGCAGAGAAAGACGAGCUACCGGACGAUAGCGAGCUCUACCGUGAUCCUACAAACACACUUUACUACACGAGUCAGGGUCUGCUGGACGAUGCAGUUCCGGUUUUGCUUGUUGAUGGUUAUAAUGUGUGUGGGUAUUGGAUGAAGCUGAAGAAACAUUUCAUGAAGGGUAGGCUUGACGUUGCUCGCCAAAAGCUAGUUGAUGAACUUGUCUCCUUCAGUAUGGUUAAAGAGGUUAAGGUAGUGGUUGUGUUUGAUGCUCUCAUGUCUGGUCUUCCUACUCACAAGGAAGACUUUGCUGGUGUUGAUGUGAUUUUCUCUGGAGAAACUUGCGCUGACGCUUGGAUUGAAAAGGAGGUGGUUGCAUUGAGAGAUGAUGGAUGCCCCAAGGUGUGGGUUGUAACGUCUGAUGUAUGCCAACAGCAAGCAGCACAUGGAGCGGGAGCUUAUGUUUGGAGUAGCAAGGCACUUGUUUCUGAGAUCAAAUCAAUGCACAAGGAGGUUGAGAGAAUGAUGCAGGAAACAAGGUCAACAUCUUUCCAAGGGAGAUUGCUGAAACACAAUCUUGAUUCUGAAGUUGUGGAUGCUCUUAAAGAUCUAAGAGACAAAUUAUCAGAAAACGAAACAAAGAGAUGA